AUGGGCCACCCGGCAGGCGGCGGCGGCGGCGGCGGCGAGGCCGCCCCGCCGCACGUGGUGGUGGCGGUGGACGGCUCCGUGUUUGCCAAGUACAGCAAGUACAGGGAGCGGCUGCGGGCUGCGCUGGAGGAUGUGUGCGGCAAGGCGGCCGCCGACAGCGUCGAGCUGCAGCUGGCCCAGGACGGCAGCGUGCUGGGGGCGGCGUACCUGGCGGCGGCGGCGGCGCAGUUUGAUGCCCAGCGCGGCGGCAGCAGCUAG